GAAGAGAAAGACACUGCAAAAAGGAAACAGGAUGCUGCUUUUGUUCCUACGCUAUGCCAGGGAGACCUGAACCUCUCCACCUGCCUGUGAAUUGGCCACCUAAAGGUUAGCAAGUGUUUUGUUAUCAUUCUAUAUCGACAGAGAUUAAUUAAGUUCUGGGUGUUAUGAGAUAUGUUUUUAAGUUAUAACUGUUUCAAUGUAAUGGCUCUUUCACUUAGGAACGAGGAGGAUUUUUUACUAAAACAGAAAGCCUUUCAUUUUAGUCCCGGCCCCACUUCUGUUUUUAAGGGGAUUUAAUCAGUAUUUUUUCAUCAUUAAGUCCAACCUUCUAAACUUUAAGAGAUGGGCAGGGGUUAUUAUUUUUCUGUUAGAACCACCUGUUGAUUACAGACUGCUGGCUGGAGGUUAACUCUUUCUUCACCAGAGAAAUGCACAGGAACAGAUGUGAUAAAAGGAUAAAAGAAUGGAAAUCCUCUGAGGUUUUCAGGGGGUUUUUAAGCACUAACCAUCUUUUUGUUUUUCAUUGUGAAGUCACUGACAGUGUUACAAAACCAACAGAUGGUUUAAAUUUGAUUGUUUUAUUUUUAAGCAGGCAGUGGUACGGAUUUGAAAUAAAGACAUAUAAUGAACUGGAAAGCAUUUCUUAUUACUGGAGCUGGGAAGAAACAUGAGAAGUAGAACAGGAAAUAUUAACUGAGAGUAAUUGUAUGAAGAGCUCAAAAGGGCCAAAAUAAUAUCUAUUUAUACACUAAAAUUUUAGCCGACAAUGUUAUCAGCAAUGUCAGCCUUUUGAAAUGUAGAAAACCAUAUAUUUAAUAACGCUCAGAACAGUCGGUGCUAUUUCAGAAUGAAGGAAAGGUACUGCAGACCACAUUCUGUGUUUAACAAAACACAUUAAACAGCUGAUUGAACACAGUGGAGUAAAGUGUCAGAAGUAUUUGCCGCAAGAAAUAGCACCAGCCCUUCCAAGUUCAACCGGUGUGUUCUGCAGUUGCUUUGUGCUCUUAUGGCAGACAAAGCAGGGCAAAACUUCAGGAAUAAUUACUUCUUAAUGAGCAGCAACAUUUCCAAAAAUCAGAACUUGAGCAAGAAAUGAUGAAAGAUGAUGGCAGUUACAGAACAUCAGGAAAUUACACACUUUCAUCCUAAUUCUGCACGGAACUGAGGCUCCCUACUUUGUUAAUAAAGUUGUACACUGCUGGUACAGCUUGCAGCCCUGUGAGGUCAGACACAUCCCUUAAAAAACAAGCGAAAAGGUGAAGUCAGAACUUCUGUUAUGAGACAUUUCGAGGUAUGAAGUCAAACUGAGAAAAGAAUAAAGGCAGGAAGCAGUUUUCAAGUAAGCCAAACAGGAUUUCAUUUCUGUGCUAAUCAGAAAAGGCAUCAGUGCCAUCUGCAAAUUUGAAUUGAGAUCUAGAAAGCUCCAGCAUGAGGGUGAACUCACAAACAUUUAUUUGACAUCAAAGUAGCAGUGUUUGAUGUACCUGCAUGAAAUUUAUUUCUGGCUCUGUAGUUCACUGUUACUUCAUUAUAUUUGUAUUUAAAUAGUUUUGUCUAGUCAAUUAAGAGAGCUCUUAUAAACCCUGACACCUCCUGCUAGCCAUCAGUGGUAGCCUAGCAGCUGGAAAUGAUAAUUACAGUAUCUGUAUCUAAUGCACAGAUACCAUGUGCUCUUCUCAGCAUUAUUGUCUUCAUAAAGAAAAUUAAUAGUUAACAAUUUUUAAGACACUUUAUUUACUUUAAACUUUAAAAUGCGGUUGAUAGGGUCUUUGAAAUCUAUGAGCCUGUUCCUAUAGGAAGCAGGCUUAUUGCUACUUCCACUUGGUCACAGCUUUGACUAAAAUCCUGCAGGUAUCUCUGGCAGGUGCAGGGUAUAAAUGCCUGGGAAGCAGCCCUUUCCACACAUUCUUGGAACUUAAAACACAUGCCAGUGGUAUGUGGAUUUAUCACUUCCAUUCCUGAUCAAGACUAGAAUUAAGUAUGAAAUGAGUUUGUAAGCACCACAUAUACCCUGCCCUGUCCCUGACACUAGGCUUAUCCUUAUACAUAGCUAAACUAGCUACUUUGCUCUAUGUUGGCCAAUUGAAAUUAAUUGGGUUUCCUUGAGCAGGAUAAUAGUUUGAACUUAAAUGAACAGAAGUGAUCUUGCACAGAGAUUCUGAGUUAGUAAUGCCUACAGAGAGUGGCUAAAGAUGGAAAACAAAAAUAAUUAGUUUCAAAUUAAUUUCAAAUAGAAUUAAUGUAGUACGAUACUAGUUGUCAGUAAGCAUUCAGCUGAUGUUUGUUGUAGCCCUUGGAGCAGUCUGUUCACUCAUAUACAUGGGGAUCAUCACACUGGUGGCAUCAGUCUGAUUCCAGGCUCAUUGUAUAAGGGUUAGGAAUAUCAGAUCAAGCUUCAAAAGUCUCUGCUAAGCCCUGAAACCAUACGAUAGGGGCUGAAUUCAGUCAGCCACCUGCUUUAGUUGUAACUUGCUAUAUUUAACUAUUUCUUUUUAGAAUCCACUGCUUUAGGAACAUAUCUCCCAGCAGAGCUGACACCAGUUGCUGCACACAGUCCCCUUUACCCAUAUGGACAGCGUGGGUCUGUUGUAAAGCAGUGCACAGUGUCAGUUAGUUUUCUAGAGUCUCUGAUUUUAAGCAUUUACAUUACCAUUACUAGGACCAAUUCAGCGUAUGAUGGAAACAAGUAGGAUUUUAGGCAACAAUACGAGGCCCUGCUAACCACAUAACUAAAAGACAGGCAAGAAAGAUAGGAAGGAUAAGACAGACAUAUUUCUCCACCAACAGUGUUGGAGGUCUAUUAAAAUAGAAUACAGAAAAGAACUGAAAAUACCCAAACAACAGGCAGAACUCCCUGAGAUCAAUAAGGCUGUGUAGAAUUAAAAUCCAUUUACAUCUCCAGCAUCGGCCUAUUAACCAAAUUACUAAAAGAAAGUUUCUGCUAGAGUGGAUGUUGGACAAAUCAUCAUAAAUAUUACAGUUUCACUCCUGUCCGAUCCACACCAGCAGGCUGCAGCUAUUUGGAUUUGGUGCAUGCUUACUGAGCUAUGAACAUAUUAAACACCACACCUUCUGAAAUGGAGAGUUCAUGACGAAAUCUUUCAGGUCAGAUAUGCUGAUGUUGUAAGAUUAUCGGGCACAAAUCUUGCCUAUUCCAGGCUGGGAUUUACUCAGUGUAACAGCAGCAGCAGCCAUUCCAAUGCAUGUUUUAAAGCAGUACAUGUGUAAGCUCUCCUUGCUGGUCACCUCAGCUGAUCAUUUUGUUUGAGGACUUUUACCAAAGUUAACCCACAAACAGUUUAAAUUCAAAAAUGAUCUUUUCAUGUCUCCUGGCUGAGUCCUGUCCUGCUUUCACUACAGCUUUUCACAAGUUUUGGAGAGGUGUGCUGAGAACACCCCAAACACUUCUGACAUCCUUGCAGCAUUUUGCCUGCUGGUUACCACCCUGCUGCAGGCACCGCUGGAAUAAUGCCCUCCCUGGAUGAGUUUAGCUUUUCAUAUACAGCAAGUAGCUUCUCUCCUCCAUUGCUUCCUUUUCCAAGGCAUUUUGGGAGAUAUCUGUACUUUAAGGUUACAGGCAAAUUAUCUUUAGGGAGACCAAGAUAAAUUGGUACCACUGUGCCAGCGGAUUUCACUGAGUGCUGCCACUGAAAGCAGUAUGAAAUGCCUGUACUCAUCAGCAGCUGCUUCUGCUUAUGGGCUCCUGUGUGAAAAAAGGAUAAGAGCAGAUUGAAACGCCACUUCAUUUUCUUUUGCUUCAUCUCUUCCUGUUUUCUGAAGGUUGUUACUGUGACACCGAUGUAAAAAAAAUACUUCCUACUUCUAAUCUGUUUCAAGUCUUUGUCCCUGUUUCUCUCUGCUUGUAUGAAGUAUUGACAGACGUGAGACUUUUGCUGAAAUGUGUGCCUCAAUAACAGAUACAUGAGUACCUGACAGAUAACCUUUGAAAUGGAGGCACAGAAGCAUCCUGGUCUGACAGCUGCACCAGCAGACCAGCCACUUCCAACCUCUUCUCUUCAGCCUGCACAGGGUCCUUCAGCUCUCUGCCAAAGCAGUGUGGUUCCUCCACAGGAACAAGCACUGUCUCAACCUGUGUAUCUAAAAGCCCUCACCAUCCCCCUGUACCAGCCUGUCCAGCCAGGAUGCUUUCAGCCAAGCAGUCAGCUAGUGGCUGGCAGGAGCUGUGGAAACCUGGAUAGCAGUAACAUACCUCUGAUCCUGAACCCACUUGUUCCUUCCGAAGGCACAGAUCAGCCGCAGUCAGUGUUUCAGAAACAACUUGGGCAAACUCUAACAUUGAACAUAGUGAGCACUUUACCAGUUUUAUCAUCCCCAAAUUCUUCUGCCAACGCACCCAUUGGAAGCCCAGGAAAAUCAAAAAAUGCUGGGAAAUAUAUCUGUAAGCACUGCGGUCGAGACUGCUUGAAGCCAAGUGUCCUUGAGAAACAUAUUCGCUCUCACACAGGAGAGAGACCCUUCCCAUGCACCACUUGUGGUAUUGCAUUUAAAACUCAAAGUAAUUUGUACAAACACAGAAGAACUCAAACACACGUCAACAACACCAAACUACCCUCAGACUCUGACAGCAGUGGUACAGCGGAGCAAAAUGAGAAAGCAACAGAGAGCAUCCCAUCACAGCAAGGCACCAAAGGACAUGGCAGCAGCUGUGAAGACCAGGGGAUGCAGACGAAACAGGUGACUUUGGAGACCAGUGCUGUAACAGACAGUAAGAAACUUAAUGACCUUUCAGUGCCAGCAACAAGCAAUUUGUCAGUAGUUACAGAAAAUCAAGAAAGAGCUCAUCAGUCUUUUAGUUCAAAGACUGAUCAGGAAGUUUCUGACAAAGAACCUCUAAGUUUAUCAUUUCCAGUAGCCUUGCCAAAUGGUCAGUGCCAGAUAAAGAAGAUGCAGGAGCAAAGAACUCCAGCUGCCAACAAACACGUUCAGUUGCAAAGGCAGCAAGCAACCUCUUCAGAAAAACAGUGGGAUUACAAGCCAUUUGACUGCAAGCUAAAGAAGUGUGAGAGCACCGACUCAGGGUAUCUGUCACGCUCUGAUAGCACAGAACAACAGUUGGCAUCCUCCAGCCCGCUGCACAGCCUCUGUGAGCACAGCGCCGAACUGGAAAACGAAACUGCCUUCAGCAGCUCAAGGUGCACGGCCGGAAGCAGUGCAAAGGCAGAGCCAGCUGAGAAAGCUACAGCCCUGAUGCUGGAGAAAAAGAGGCUGGAGGAACACAUAUCAAAACUUAUUUCUCAUAACAAAAUUGUGGUGGAUGACACUCAGUUAGAUAACGUCAGGCCCAGAAAAACUGUCCUUUCUAAACAGGGAAGCAUAGAUCUGCCAAUGCCUUAUACGUACAAAGACUCCUUCCAUUUUGACAUCAGGACUUCUGACACCAACAGGAAAAAGAACCUCUCCCUUUGUUCAGCAAAAUCUACCUUAGCACCCCUCGAGAAAUGCAAGCCGAUGUUUUUUCAUUCAGUCCCCACACAGUUCUCCACAACGAUAGAUGCUGUGCCUGUCACACGAAGCAACUCUCUGCCAUUUGUGGAAGGCACCAGAGCAGUGCAUGACAACGCAGGCUGCUCAAAACCGCUGCCUCUUACUAAGCAGUCUGUAAAUACGGGCGCUGCUACUUUGCUGCCUAGCAACAAUCUCGUUGCAAACUCGGUGGAUUUUCCCAGCAGCCACCCUCGAGCUCUAGUCAGACAGACAGCAGUGGAUGAUUUGCCACUAAGUAACGUGGCUGAUCAUCCUCCCUCGGAAGAGCUGCAGACGAGUACGAGGCUUGGGACUGGAGAAACAGUCGGCACUAAAAACAAGAAACACAGUCAGAGGAAGCUGAAGAUGUUCUCGGAAGAAAAAUGGCAAAUGUAUGGAGAUGAAACCUUUAAGAAAAUCUACCAAAAAAUGAAAAGCAGUCAACAUGCCAGGAAAAUCAAAGAAAGGGGGAAUAGGAUCACAGAUAUUACAGGCUCCAGUCCUGAUGCAAAGGAAUCAGUCAGCAGUACUGGCAUCGCUGAAGAAAAAGAUGUCAGGAGCUCUGAAAGUGACAGCCUUUCCUCCCUUGUGACAACAGAAUUAAACACUGCUAAAUCAGAAACGGGUGCUAAUGGUAACCAUAUUCCACACAGUGCGUCCCUAGAGGGAACCACGGACAGUUUAACCUACAUAAUGGAGACAUCACAUUCAGUACAUGUGAGCUCACAUACUGCAGUGAGCAAAACUUCCCAAGAUCGCCGUGGCAGCGACACAGACAAACACACGGGUGGCAACAACACCUUACCGGCUCCAAGUGGUUGUGAGCACAGGCUGCAAAAAACUCACUGUCAACCCUGCACUAACAGAAUGAAGGAUGACUGCUUGCCAGGACUGAGUAGCAAAUGGGAAGAAUCAAGUCCUGGGAAAGAACCCAGUACAUUUGCAUCAGAUUAUAAAAGCACUUCAAACAACUAUGGAAACCAUAACAGGAAUCAGGAGACUGGCCGGCAUGCCCUGAUGCCCCUGUGGGUCCACUGCAGCAACAGAGAAUCCUUAGGGAAAUCCCAGAAUUUACCAUCAGAAAGAAAAAAGCUGAAAGUUGAAGUGGAGAAGAAAGAAAACAUCGUUUCAAAGUGCUGCCCCAGUCCCUGUAGUGAAGGCAGUGCAGUAAAUGAAGCACAGACUGCCUGUUGCAUCAUCACUCCGUGUCUUUCCACAGCACCAGCUAAACUCUCCAGUAAAGCAGAGGAGCAAGAAUUAAGCACAAGAGUUAAUGAAUCAGCUGGAGGUGCUGAGGACGUGGAUUGUAUGAAAACAACCAGACUCCCCACUAAAGCCGUUCCUUCUGGUGACGUUAACCCUCCUUCGCAUUCAGCAGGGAUCUCAAAAGCUUCACCUGCGGGAUUUCUGAGGCCUGAAUUCAGAGGAAGCGAUUGCGAUACUUUCGCUUUGCACAACACAGCAGAUAAAGAUGUCAAAACAUGUCUUGUGAAAAUAGGAGCACCACGUUUCAGUGACAACGCUGCUAAUGCUCCUUCCAAAACCCACCAUCUGCAAUCUGGUCAGUUAACUCCAGUCCCACCGAAAAAUGCCUUUUCUCCAAAAUACAUCCUUAAGUUGCCACAAGAUAAGAGAAACUCUGAUCUGUCGAUUCUGCUUCGAUCAGAACAGGUUACACCUUGUACUUCUGUGACAGAUUCAUCAACCAACCCACCCUGCUCGUCCAACAGCAGAUCACCCUGUUCUCAUUCCAGUGAUGUGCUUUGGUCCCCUUUGCAAUUUGAAGUGAGACAAAAAGGCAGCCAAGGAGAGCUACGAUGGAACGUACAUGCCAACUGGAGAACUCCGGUGCUGCGCUCAACAGUCAGUUCAGAAACAGCGAAUAUCUUAACAACAGUAGAUAGCACCUUUUAUAGGGAUGAAAUUAUGAGAGGAGCUUGGAAAAACAAACAGAACAAAAAUAAACUAAAUUAUCAAAAACAGACAGAAGGAAAGUGGAUGAGCGUAACUGCUUCAUCAGCACAGACCCCAAAGAAGAUAUGCUUUACUUCUAUGUAUUCAAGUGGUUUUGUCAUAUCAGCUGACAUCAAAGAAGAACAACUUUUACAUCAACUUUGCUCAGGAGGUGACUCUUUGAUGACAACAUCAGGCCAAAGGGAAGCUUCUAGAAAGGAUGCAGAGUCAACAGUCAUGGGAUGGGACACAUGUGGAAGCCCAUGUGUUCUUAAGGACACGUCACCAACAUCAGAGGAUAUGGAGCAGUCUCAGAGCUCUAAAGACAGCUCCACUUAUUUGUGCCAUUCCUUUGGCACGUUCUAUUGCCACGCUCUCACCACUCACUGCGAAGAAUUCCCAGCACCACACAGCAAUAGCCUGACUUCCUACUCCGAAAGUUGUACAGUACUGAGCACCAAGAGCACCUUCCCAUCACUAAAUGCUGAAACUCGAUUAACCUGGUGCUGUUUAACAAAAAGCCUUCCUCUGCCUGCUGAGCAGAAAGGGAAUGCGGACUCAGCUUAUUCCUCCAUGCACAUCCACAAGGAAUCCAGCAAUGAGUGCACACUGUCAAAAUGUGAUAUUUCUAUUUUCAAAAUGAAAAAUGUUAGCAAGGCUGUAGCCGAUGGCUUUACAAACAAGAGCUUAAAAACACUGCCUUCAUCCUUUUCUCAAGGACAACAGAUGCAGGAGUUGUGCUCAGCAGCUCCUGGUGGUGCUUUCAAAAAUGUAUCAGAGAAAAAGAAGAAACCAUCAGUUUGCAAAAAGGAAAAACCAGCAACAAAUAAACCCAAGAGGAGCCACAAACAGAAAAAAAUUAAACCCCCCCCGAAAUGGUAUGGAGGAAGGCACAUACAUGGAUACACUCAGCUGAAAAUGAACCGACUGAACAAGAGACACUGUUUUCCAAAUAGAACACUGGAUGUUUUGAAAAAGGGCUGCUCAUCACGAGGCUGUAAAUUUAACCCAAACAAGAAGUGCCAUUCUCCUCAGUCAAAGGUACCAGAAAAUUAUCUACACCAGCAAAAGGACUCAUCUUGCUCUGCCUCAGACAAGCUGCUUUGUGUAAGGAAGAAAGAAGGAAAAAAUAACUCAGGAAUAUUUUCCCAUAUUGAAAACCUUAACCACAUUAAGCAAAAUGACAAAGAGGAUAAACAAGACAUUUCUGGGAAAAUCAGGGAACACACAACAAGUUUCUCUUUUCAGAACACUGCACCUCUGGAAGUACCUAUGACAGCUCAUUCCUUUCCGUCCUCAGUUAAUACAGCCUUGCAGGAAGUCAGCAGUGAUGCGGAACUGUGCUGUUCAGUGACACAACCACUUGUGCUUCAGAGAUCAGUUCCAGAGGAGGCACAGACAAACGUUCAGACAGACUCAGUGGCGUCUUCUUUUUGGUCUUGUCCUUUUGGUCUUACAAAUACAAUCAAAGGUGACCAAUCUAUCAGCACAAACUCAGAGACUACUUGUCCUCUUCCCUUCGGUCUAGAGGCAAGCCAGGAAAAAGUACCAAAUGUAGAGUUAGAGAUUCAAAGCUUUGGUACGUUAGAUUUGGUGUUUCAGGCCUCAGGAAGAGCAGAAGAUCGAGCUGAAGAAAAUACAUGCUCAUCUUCCAAGGAAAACUCAACUCACAGUUCCCAAGCUGGAUGUCUGCAUUCACUGGGAUCAAAAGCAGAAUCUCAUCUUGAGUCAGUCUCUAUGGCUAAAUCACCCCAUACAGAAUGCACAGAGCAGGAGAACUCACAAAAAAUCUUUCACUUCCACAGAGCUGCAGAGAAGAACGGAGCCCACCAGCAGACAGAGACCUAUGGGAGGCAGCAUGAAACAGCUUCUUCUGCGUUUAAAAAGCCCUCAGUAACACUCAGGUCCCCUGAAUUCAAUAAUUACUCAGCAACACCUUCCAAGACAUACAAAAAGAGAGGUUUAGAGAUGAUGAGGAAGCAAAUCAGAGUUGAAUAUGAUGACACUAGCAGCGAUGAUGAAGAUAGGCUUGUUAUAGAAAUAUAAACAGGCUGCUAGUAACACGCUUGCAUGAUGGCUCAUUACAUAAGGAAAUACCAGGUAUGUUUGCGUUUCUGAAGCACUUUAGGAUCAGAAAAGCCAUUCCUCUGUGCAACAUGCAGCACUCCCUUCUCAAGAGAGUCCUUUAUUCCAAGGACCCACCACUUUAAAAAUAAAACUUAUUUGAAACAAAAGGGGGAAGCUGGCAUCAUAUACUUAAAUGCAAAUAUUAAGCUUGUGUUUGCGAGGGGUUUCUAACAUUGUUAACCUUAUUACCAGCCUCAUCCAGUGCCCAGAAAUGCUAGCUGCCAGUGGUUGUAUUAUUAAUAGCCUGCAGUGUAUUUGUGUAAAUACACAAACCAACAGGAGUAGCAGCUAAGAUUUCCUGGAAGGAUAUGGACAUAUUCCUAUAUAUUCUUUUUUUGUGGUCACUGCUAUUUGUUCUGGGAGUGACAAACUGGCAUUAUGGGGAAGAUACAUUCCCUAAGUGUAUGUGAUACUGAAGGAGUCUGCAAAAACGCCGAUCUUUCUCCAUGUUGCACAAAUGUCAAUGCUUCGUUGUGACAAAUGACACAAGCACGCUUUGGUUUGCAUUCUGUGCCUUUUAUGCCAAUAUCUACUCAAAUAUUCUUGAUUUCUAGUUGGAAAACAUGGACGCUCGCUAUUAGUAUUUCCUUGUGGUAAAACAUCUGACAGGCUCUUAGAUGUAACUGCAAUGAUGCUAUUUUAUUGACAGUGAAGAAACUAUUAAAAAAAGCUGUACCAUAAGUUGUGCUACCAACCCCCAGAUUUACUGGUUUCUAUGUGAAUAAAUAAUUAGAUAGUUCAAAUUUGACCAGAUGUAUUCACUUGAUUAAACCAAUAAGCAUCCCCCACUUCUACACUGUAGUCAAAUCCUUUACUUAAACAUUUACCAGUUUUAAUACUGUAAAUCACAUGUAGGGUUUUAUAGAUAAGCCUACAUGGAAUACUUGGAAUUGCUUUUACUUUACUUAGGCACAAUUAAGCUUACAUAGAACCUACUUACAAAUAGAUCUAGUAUACUGUAGGGAAAAAAAAAAAUGAAUGCAUAUGUGAAGAAGGAUGCCAAACAUCCCAUGGCAUCAGCUAACAGAGACAAAACCAAGCGUUCAGUCCCAUGAAAUUCCUGUACCUGUCUUAUAAAUGGGGCAGUUCCUGAAAAUAUCCAUGCAGAACUUAACACUUAGUCACAAUUUACAUUCAUAAAUGUAUACCGUUACAGAAAGUAAAAGUAGUGAUAAAACAUUGCAACAAUUCCUACUUCUAAAGUGAAAAAGUUAGGAAAAAAAUCUACUCUUUCAGAACUGAGGAUGAGCCACAAAAGUUUUCUCCCCUUUUAAAAAGGUCACAACACAGAAUUAACACAGAUUUUUCAAUAGCAUUACAUAAAUGGUGCCAAAACCACAAGGAAAGGAAUAUCAGUUUAAGGAAUUAUGAAUUUUCAGUUUCCUCCUUUACUUUUCAUUUACUAAGUGCUCUUUUCAUUUACUAAGUGCUGAGGUCAUAAAACCUCACGACUUACAGCUCAGAAAUACAGUCUGGUCUCUUGCUAUGCUUUACUGUAAUUUUCUGUAAACAUGACUUGUAUUUCCACGUGCCACACAACGAGAGGCCAAGAUGACAUCAUAUCUUGCCUAACUUGGUAAGCCUUGGAUUCAGAACUCAGCAAGCAUGGGUGUAUAUCUGAAGAAUGAAUGGCAUCAGCAGUGGUAUGGCCCUGUAAAUGGUGUGUUUUGUUUACUGGAGAAACAGUACUAAAAUACCAUUUAAUUUAGAGUGAUACAGCUGAAGAAGACCGAUACAGCUCUAGAUGGUUUUUAUAUUGUUAGAAUUUUGUCUUUAUACUGCUAAGUUGUUUUAUCUUAAUAAAACGUGAAGAUCAAAAUAUCA